UGGCCGAAAAAAACGGCGCCCGCGGCCAAAAAAGAAUUUUUAAAGCCGCUGCAGAAAACUUCUCUGCCUCUGUUUGAUGACGUACCGCCGGAAAUUGACAUCAAACCGGAAGCAAGGAAAAAACCUGUUGGUGGAGUUCAAUUGUUCGGAUCUUCCAAAGUGAUGAACGAUUUUUUGAAGAACAGAAGGCAGAGUUCCACUGAAGAAUCUGGGUCUGAAAGAGAAGAAAAAACUGAACCCAAAACUGAAGAAAAUCUUGUAGAAAAAAUCAGUCUUUUUGGAGAUGAUGCGGGAGAAAAUUCGCCUCAAAAAACCUCCCUAUUCGACGAUGAUCUCUUCGAUAGCGAUUUGUUCUCCAACGUAACCUCUAAGAAAUUCACUUCAUCGCUUUUUGAUGAUGAUGAUGAUGAUUGUGACACAUUCUCGGACAAUUUGGUGAAAAAAAAUCCAAAGGUCGACCUUUUUAGUGCUCUACUGGAAGAAGAAGCUGAAAAAGUUAAAAAAACAUCACCCACAAGCAAAGUAGCGGUGAAUUUGGAAAGAGCUAAUCCUGAUAUUGCCGCGGUAGAAGAUUUAGCGGUUACAGUGGAAAGUUCGGGUGAUGUAAUGGACAGACAGGUUAUUGGUGCGGAAAAACCAACCAAAACUAAUAAAUCCAUUAGUUUGUUCGAUGAUGAGCCACCAAGCGACGAUGAUCUAUUCAAAAUCGAUAACCAUUCCAAUAUAUCGGAGAGCUUGAAGAAGUCCUUGUUGUUCAACGACGAUGACGAAUUUUUAUUCUCAAAACAAGAUUCCAAUGAUGGGGAUGAAAUACCGGAUAUAGAAGUAGAAACGGCAACGCCGCAAAUAAAAACUCAAAAAUCUAGAGCGAGUUUGUUUGAUACCUCGCCUCCUGAAGAUGAUGACGAUGCCUGGGAUACAACAGAUAACGUGUUUGAUUACCAGGAUCGCGAAGGCUACGGUGCAGACUACCAGCAACAGCAACACCGCACCGAAUCGGUCAGUUUAUUUGACAGCGAGCCCCCAUCUCUAGUCACCGCAGCCAACGAAACGAGCGGCAUCAUCGCAGACUGCAACGCGACUCGAAGUGACCUAGACGCUGAUUCGUUCAACCCUUACGCGUCUUCAUCGAGAAGAUUGUCUUCUGACAUUUUCAACGAUCAGCAGUCUAACGACAGUUUUUUGGUGACGAAAAAUAAAUCCGAAAUACCUACGAUGGAAAGUAUAGCUGAAACGUCCAUUAAAAAUGGUGGUGAUGCAUCUAAUAAAGAGGAUAGCGAAUCGAACGUUGAUAUUACGCCUAGCGGAGAUGUGGAAGACUUCAAUUCAACAGAGGAAGAGACUCCCAAACUCAAACCCAAAAAAACGGAAAACCCCACAUCCGAAAAAGAUAAACUCGACGAUAAAAGGCAGAUGGAGGGCACAGAUAAGGCCGAUAUCAGAUCCGAUAAAAUCGGGCCACAAAAUUCCGAAUCGAAAAUUUCCGCAGCGAAAGACAGACUCGACAAGCUGAACAGCAAACGGGGACUGCGACCCGCAUCAUCAAAACGAAGCAAAUCGGAAAAAGACAUGAACGUGGCCGCACUCAAGGAGAAACUGCAAAACAGUGUCAAGCCACCGGUAGUCCAGAUGAGGGACAAAACUAGCACCACUUCUCCAGGUAAACUGAGACACAGUCUGAACAUAGAUGUCAACAAAUUGCUACCAGGUAUGGGGCAACUCCCCAAGAAGAAGGAGAGACCAAAAACUGAGUUUUUCGAUGAACCUGAUAAGGUGCUUCCAACGAAAUCAUUCAAACUGACCACUAGCCAAUCAGAAAUGUCCAUUGAAAAGGCUUCUGUGGAAAUUCUGAGCAGUGUUACCAAAGACCGACCCAGAAUCCAAGUGAAACGAAGACCGUCCAGCAAAAGAGGUAGAGAAAUUUUGAGAAAAUCCAUUGCGGAUUUCAAUGAAGAAUUCCAUCAAGCAAUGAAGGAAGAAACCGAUCAAGAUGUUUUGGAGAACACCAAGAGACUUUUUGGAUCGACUGAAGAAGCCAAAAAAAUUACAAAUGAAGAAAACAAACAACAACCAAAAGAAGAUACAAAGAAAAACAACAAGGAAGAAGGAGAGGAUGUGUUUGCCCAAACCAGCAAAAAAAUCGAGGAUAUAUUCAACAAAAAGUUUGAAGACGACAUUGGCAGCAAAAAAAUCGAAGAAACUAAAAACCAAGAAGAAAUAAUCGGCAAGAAACUCAGUAAAAACGAAGAAAGCAUAUUCGCGGAAGAUUCAGACGACUCCGAUCUUUUUUCCGCGAAAUCCACGUCGAAGAAAGUUACAAAACCAUCGGAAGAUUUCGAAGACCUAUUCGGCUCUAUGUCCAAAGAUGCGGAAGAAGAUGCAACGGUGAAAGAAGAAAAACCCUCGAAACUGAAGAAAGACGUUUUCGGGGGUUCCCUGGAGUCCGAAGAUGGCAAUUCCAAAAAUAGAGAAGAAAAGAAGAAAGACAUCUUCGACGACGAUGACGAUGAAGAUUUUUUCGUCGAAAAGAAGAAAACCCUGAAAAACGCCGGAAAAUCGAAAUCGAUUUUUGAUGAUGACGACGAUGAAGAUGACCUCUUUGGAACGUCAUCCACUAGAAGCAAAGGGUCUGCUACCAAUGAAAUAAAAAAAGUUAAAAAACCAGCAGUGAAAAAAUUGGAAAACAAAGAAGUUCUCGACGAUCCCCUAUCAAAAUUAUUAUAA